AUGGCCGCCGCUUGGGCAACAACCAAACUCGCCACGCCAAACCUGGCCAUCGAGCCCGAAGACCGCAAAGUGGUCACGACGCUGGAAGCACUGCUCUCGCAGGCCCUCACCCCCCAUGAAGCAGCCACCUCGCUAGCCACGGCGUACGAGCCGCGCCUCCAAAGCGGCCAGACCGACACCUGCACGCUGUGGUCCAUCUACUGCGACGCGAUCGCUACGUUCGGACACGACGAGGCCUGCCUCGCCCGCCUCGUCGACACGCUCCUGUGUCUCGGCAAGCUGCCUGACGUGCGCGAUGGCGCUGGCAACCCCGUCGUGUGGAAUGGCAGUGUCUUCUGGCGCGAUGUGCCGGACUUUACGUUUUGGAUGAGCGAGAGCAUCGCUAGCCCGCCCUUCAUGCCCAGAAACAUACCUCCGGCCAAACGGGACACCGCGCGCGAGCACCGUCUCGCCAUGAACUACGCGCACGGCACCACGUUCGCGGCGCGGUACCUGGCGGCGCUGGACCGAGAAGAAUAUGAGGAUGAGGGAGAGGCACGCAGCCGCAGAGUGCGCGACGGCAUGCGCGAGCUAGCACGAGAAGCACUACAGGCAGCGUUUGGGCCGGGCCAAGGCAUCGAGGCAGACGUGCAGGAAGCGCGCGUGCUGGUGCCGGCAGCUGCGACGUGGAUGCUGGUGGCCGGGCGGAGCCUGUACAUGGCGUGCCGAGAGCGGUUCACGGACACGGGGCGCAGAGAGGGGUUUUCGUUGGAUGGGUGGGCCAGGUGGAAGACGGCGUUUGCGGGUGUGGAAGAGGAUGCUGGGCUGGUGCGAGUGGCGGGGGCUGCGGUUGCCGAGAUGAAAACACUGGAGCAGGAAUGCUAG